AUGACUGAAAAUGGAUUUAUUGGUGGAUGGCCAUCAGCAUUUUAUGUUUUUGGUAUGACAUCAUGUAUAUGGUUUAUUUGUUGGUGUUUUUUUGGUUUUAAUUCUCCAAAUCAACAUCCACGUAUUUCAAACAAAGAACGACUUUUUCUCAGUAAACAUAUACCACCACGUCCAUCGAAACAUCGAGUUACACCAUGGAAGAAAAUUGCUUGCUGUCCACCUGUCUAUGGUCUCGCUAUACUGCAUGUUUGUUAUAAUUAUAUUUAUUAUACUUUAUUAACAUCAUUACCUACUUAUUUUGCUACUAUACUUAAUUUCAAUUUACAACAGAAUGGUUUUAUUUUUGCUUUACCUUAUUUUGUACAAUUUUUAACAACAAUUAUUGUUGGUCAAAUUGUUGAUCGUCUACGAGCACGUAAAACAUUUUCUAUAACUACACUUCGAAAAACACAAACAAUUAUUGGUACUGUUGGGACAUGUGGAUUUUUAGUAGCUAUUGGUUAUAUGGGAUGUAAUCAAUUUCGUGCUGUUCUUUGUUGUAUUCUUGCUGUUGGUUUUCUUGGUUUACAAACAUGUGGUGCAAUUAUUUCACAUCUUGAUAUUGCAUCAAAUUAUGCCGGAACACUUGUUGGUAUUACAAAUACAUUAGCAACAAUACCUGGUUUUGUUGGUCCAUAUGUUGUUGGAGCUAUUACAAAAAAUAAUCAAACAAUUGAAGCUUGGCGUCUUAUAUUUAAUAUUUCAGCAGGUAUUGGUGCUUUUGGUAGUCUUGCUUAUUGUAUUUUAUUCAAUGGUGAAGAACAACGAUGGAAUCGAAUAGAGCAUGAAAAUGAUACAAAUGGACCAACAAAUACUUGA